UACGAUGAGCAAAGUGUCGCGUCGAGUCUCGAUUGUCAAUGUGCUUGGGGGAAAAUUAAUAUGAUCCAUGUCAGAAGCUGCGAGCGGAAAGUUCGAUGUGAAAGAUCACUCGUGCGUGAAACGAUUUUUCACUCCGUCCAAAAUAGUUAUACGAGUGUGUCUACGAAACGAUGAACAAAAAGUGAUGUGGUGAAAAUCUCGUCGCACGUUUCGUUGAAGAUCAUACAUGUCAACCGCCUAAAUAACCAAAAAUAAAAUGACGACGCACGAAAAAAGCUCGACGUCGUACGAUGACGACAUUGAAGUCUCGGACGACGAAAAGAAAAUUACCGAAAGUACCGAGGAGGAUGAAGAAAGAACAACGAAGAGAUCGAAGUGUAAGCUUGAUGCCAAUGGCCGGCUGAAUUUGAAGGAUAUUUUAUUAUCGUUCAAUGGACCGGUCAGCCAGGAACAGGCAUGGGCAUUGUGUUAUCAAACGGCCAAAAGUUUAUCGCGUCUACCGGACAGCAAUUUCUAUGAACUCUCGGAGUUAUCUCAGAUCGUCCUUCACAAGGAUGGUGAUGUUUGGCUCGGCGAUCUAAUCGAAUCGAAGCAACCCCUGGUAUCCGAGGAAAAGGCAAUGUUCUCGUUAGGUAUGAUGAUCUUCAAAGCGCUUGAUUUCGGCCUAGACGAACAAGAAGAAAGGCCUUUAUCACCAGACCUAGAAGGUCUUAUAACGUUAAUGACUAGCUCAAAUGGAGAAUGCGAAGGGGAAACCGAAGAACGUCCGCAGGAAACAGACGACGAAGGCAUCGAACGAGAUUCUAGCGAUGCCGAUGUAGAUGAUUUUUUGUCGCAAAAAACUAGCGACACGUACGAGGAGAAGGUGUCGAUGUAUUCGUUGAAAAAUGUAAUGCAAUUAUGUACCAGGCAUAUGCAAACUACUGUCGAGUCUGCCGAAGCUCAUUAUAAGGCCGUGAUACGGGCGUUUGUAGCAGAGGCUUUAGAACUGUCGCAAUUUUUGGACACAGUGGCAACCGACAAACUGCAAGCGAGCCAAAGGGAAUCCAUCAACAACGAUGGCAAUAAACAAAACUCGAUGUCCGUCCAGAAUCUCGAUACGCUGGAUUUCAUUGACUGGACUGACAUUAGGAUCUGGCGGGCUAUACAAGCACGAUUUUGGGUACAAGUGAUCCAAGAGUUAAGGAAAGGAGUAAAACUGAAAAAGGUAGAGGCCAACUUGGGUUCGAAGAGCACGACUCGUGGACGCGGAAAGGGGGCUGAGUUUGAGUUAACGCCGUACGAAAUCUUAAUGGACGAUAUUCGAGAGAGGAGGUACCGUCUUAGGAAAACACCGUCGCCGACGCCACAUUUGCGAAAAGACGCUCACGCUAUUAUUCUGGAAUUUAUUCGAAGCAGGCCUCCUUUGAAAAAGGCCUCCGAGAGACAACUGCCACCGCUACAGAAGAAGUGGACUUUACGAGAAUUACUUAUGGAGAGCAUAAAAAAGCCACCGAAUUUAAGAUCAUCGCGGAACCGAUACGUUCCCAAGAACGAAAGAACAUACCCGCAAAGUGAUCAAACCCAAAGUAGCGCCGAGGUCAAAGAAAACGAAUCACCUACAGCAGCACCAAAACCACCUCGGAGGGAUCUAGAUAGUUCAAAUUCUACAACAAGCAGACGGAAAGUGAUACCUGUGGAUUUUGACUUAAAGCUCGACGCAGAAGACGAGGACGAUGACGAAGAUUACAAUGAGGAAUUUACGGUAACAAGAUUCGAAGAGGAGGACGAAGCAACGAAUUACUGGCAACUUAAAGAGGACUACUCGUUCGCAGAUAGAGGCAGUGCUCGCAACAGGCAUAAAGAUCAGAGAGAUGAUGACGAAGUAGGUUCUGCUAAUCCCUGGCGAAAGACGGGAGGACUUCGUCUGACGAGAAACGAGUAUCACCGAUUCUGCGACGCUCAACUCGAAUCUUACGACCUUGCAACGCAAUGCCCAUCCAGAAGAGCGUCGGCUCGAAAACACGCGGCCAAACGCAGCAUAGCUCUAACAGCACUGACCGGUACCACUUCCCUUCCUCAUUCGAGGCCGCAGAGUCGUCAACACGUAGGUGUAACAGAGUCGACGUUGAGUCAGGGCCCGAGUCCUAAUAUCAGCUUGAAUCCUAGUCCAAGUCUGAGUCCUCAACCAAGAGCGAGACAGCCGCGACGUUCCCAAACAAUUGCCGUAGAUACAAAAGAUACAGAGGAACAACCUGAAGACUGGCAAGAUGAUAAAGGACAGAAACCUACGUUGCGUGACAUGUUCCUGGAUGAAAGACUUUCUCUGACUCUUGAGGAGAUCGUGCACAUACGUAGCGUACUUACAAAAGCUGAAUUGGAAUCUCUACCUGUAGAAGGUCGCGUGAAAGAAGACGUGGAAAAAAGACGCGUCUGUUUCCUUUGCCUAAAGACUAGAUUCGGACUGUUGGGUCCUUGGGGGCAACGUUGUCGUUUAUGCGAGAGGACCGUAUGCGUAAAGUGUUAUUCAAAAAUGCGAAUUCCAACGGAACAUUUUGCACACGUUCCUGUGGUUCUACUGUCACCUGGUCUUCUUCUUUCUCCGUCAUCCUCGGAACCGGAUACCAGUAAGAGUUCCUGGCUUAGAGGCAACGGAGCAGCUGGAUCUGCACCGGCAUCACCAGCCUCUAGACGCAAAGACUCGUCGCUGAAGAGCGUGACACCUUCAUCCACGCCGACUACUACACCUGUUUUGAUACUUACACCGACCUCGACGCCGCCUUCUCAUGCCCGCAGAGAAAUGGACAACCACGAUAAGAGGAGUUACAAAAGCAGCGGUAGUCCAGCCAAUGUACCGUCGCCAAAAGCGUUCUCCAGUUUCACUAGUCACAGCCCGGAACAACGAUUGGCCGCGGAACGAUUGCGAGGGGUCUCCAUGGUCGUGUGUCACGAUUGUCGCAUAAUGGUGAUACAGAUAAUUAAAAGUUCAAGAACAACACGGGCUACGAUACGCAACAAUGUCAUUUCGCGACUUACUUUGAACCUUUCGCCAGCCUACGUUUGAAAUUCUUCCCACUAUUCCCAUUCUCCCCCCGCCCCGAGAAACCGGAUGUUCCAUGCACCAGAUUUCUAUUGGAAGAAGGCGCGUCAUCUCGUUUUUAAUUCUGAUAAAUGGGUAUAAAAUGCUACAAUGCCAGUAAGUGAGGCACGUAGAUUAGAUUCCUUCUCCUUGUACCAAUGUCUUGUUCUCGUUGUACUGUUAAUAUUCUAUGAAUAGUUGUCAGCAUCUCUCUAAUACAACGAGCAUAUCAGUUGCUAUGAAUUGUGAUCGUACUUCAAAGGGUCAACUGUUAUAUUGGUUCUAAAAAAUCAUUAUGCAACGAUGAUAAAGCAUUAUAUACAAUCAUUUACGUUUAACGCGGCUCUGAAGCAGAGUUCUUUACAAGUAAUUCGUUUCGUUCCUGCUGUGCAGUUAUCUGAAAUGAUGAUUAAAAAAUUAACACUCAAAGUAGUAUUUUUUUAUGAAACAGAUAGCAUCCAAUUAUCGUUUAUAACAAAAUUUGUUACUAUUAAAGAAAGUGGGCCAGGAAGCUUUGUUUGAAAAUUGAAGAUAGAAAAUGUUGGAGGUAGAGUGAGCAAAACAAGAGAAAAAGAACAAAAAAAUAGGUCUAUAAUAUUUCAUUAAUAAAUGGUGGAACUUGAAACACGAGGAAUCUAGUACGAGAAACCGGCAUACAGUGGCAUCUAAUAUAGUCUACGUACCUACAUACAGGCUUAUAUCUAAGUAGUAUCGUUAAUGCAUGCAAAUUUGAAAAAAAAUUAUAUAAUUAGAGUCGAAUAUUUCAUUAUGAAUGGCUAAGGCUCCAUUUUGGUUCGCAACGGUGGUGAACUACUUUUGCUUCCUAAUUCAAUGAUAAUUACUAUAGCGAUAAUCUUAAUAAUAAAAAUAAUUCUAAUGCGCUAUGUGCAUUCCCAGCUCAUAAAAGUUGGGAAUCCUUGUUUAAGUUGAUCGAUUAUUUCAGGCACGAAUAUUAUGUAUGUUUGCUUCCACAUUGUUGUGAACGUUAAAUUUAAGUAAUAUCGCCUUUAAAUUAAAAUUCAGUUGAGGGAAUUUUCUGACGGGGAUCAGUGAGAAAAAUAAGUAAAAAUGUUGAUACGCUAACGUAUUCAAUAAAUAUACACGUGCCAGAACAUCUAUUUCAUGCUAUUAUGUUCAAGCGAUUGCAAGUUUUAAAUCAGUACCAUUAUAAUUUUUUUGAAUUUCGAUUUAGAAACGUAAAUGUUUGCAUCGUCCCACAUUUUUUGGUGUUUAAUUUUUAUGCAACGUAUGACUGUUUAUUCUGUCUAAUUGUUAACAUCUUUACUUUCGUUAAUAAUCCAAUUAAGGCGAGAGGUAUGCGUACAUAAGUCCACGUAUUUAUCUAGUUAGAGAAUUAAUCAAAUACUCUAAUAACACCCAAAGAUAUUUUUCUUUGCGUCCGUGUGACCAUCAGUUUUACAACCUAAGAAAUAUUAUUUAAUUUACAGAGUCAAAGUCGGAUGCACAAUUGUAUAAUAUGUCUGUGGUGAUAAAAUUCGUUAAUUUAAAUUUUUGUAUAAUCGUGAUAUUAAUUUAUUAUUUUAUAUGUUCGAUAUUUAUUAUAAUUAUUUAUUCAAUGGAGGUAUUUCUCUUUAGACUGUAUAUAUAAUUGUGGAUAUAUUUUGUGGGUUUAGUAUGAAUGUGUAGUGUAAUCUCCUUACUUUAUCGUUUGUUAUUAUUAUUUAUAAUAUUACUCAUUUGUACAAAGUUUAAUAUUAAGUGCUGAAAGAUACUUUGUUCCCUUCUGUAUUUAAUUAUGAUUUUUGAAUGAAUUAAUUGUACGCUGAAACCAAGUCGUGAGGCGGAAAGGGAAUGCAUUAUGAAGUGGCUCUUGUUGCAGUCACAUUUAUAGGGAAUUAGUACAAUGAAGUGGCUGUUCGCUUGUACAGAUUAGUGCUGUUAAAGAGGAAAUGUACAAACGUAAACCGAUAACGAUUCAGAGUACAAACGAAGAAUGCAAAUUGCGCUAUGAUUAAAUGCUGGGUACGGUCUAGCACUGAAUUGUAUAUGUAACAGUGAAAACUAUAAAUUUGUUGAUAUGUAAUGUACAUUGGUGAAUUCUACAAAUGAGCGGAUUGUUUCGGUUGAAAUGGAAUUAAUUUAUUUUUUUAGUCGCAGGUAGAUUCCCAAUGAUUUUCAGCAAAAAUCAAAAUAAUAUACUUCAUAGUACCUUGAAAUAAUGUAUAAUAAUAGAUUACUGAAAAACGAAAGCUAUGUAAUGAAGUAUCCCUCAAACAUUUUGUGUGGAUAUGAACACGAACCCGUAGAACAUUACUGUAAUAAAAUUAAAACUAGAACUUGUCACAACAGAGUCACAACGGCAUGACAUUACAACAAGGUGUAAGAGGAUUUAAUAUGGAAAAUUAUUGAUUAUAUUAAUUUAUCGUUUUUUAUGUGCAAUGUAUAUGUAUACCAAUGAAUGAUCAUUAGAAAUCUUGUUUUUAUGAUGAAA